AUGCUGUCCAUAUCGCGCUUUGCGCGCAUCUUCCUAGUCGCCCUCAUUCUCGUGACGGUACCGACAGCGUUCAUUUUCUACCCCGCUUCGUCAUCUAAGGAAGGAGAGGUGACGGAUAAACUAGAUCAGGGGGGAAUUGAUUCGGCGCACUGGCGCGACCCGGUGAUGCCGGAGACGGGAGAUUUCAGCGCGGGGCGCGAGAAUGAUGCGGGCAAGGCGGUCGUCGAUAAGGAGAAUUUCGCGGGCGACACUGGAUCUGCGGCAGAGGGCAAGGGGGGCAAGGAGGGAAAGGAGGGCAAGGAGGGCAAGGAUGGCAAGGAGAGCAAGGAGAGCAAUGAGGGGUCUCUGGAAUACAGCGUGCCCCAAGACGUCAUCUCUGGUGCUGUCAUCAUGCCGCAUCUCGGGAACGCUACUGCCAAGGCCGAGUUGGGAAGGGCAGCGUGGCGGGUCCUCCAUCUCAUGACGCUAAGGUAUCCCGAGCUCCCGACACCAGACGACCGCGCGGCGCUCAAGUCGUUCUUUUACCUCUUCUCAAGGCUUUAUCCGUGCGGCGAGUGUGCGGAGCACUUCCAGAAAAUGCUCAAGAAGUAUCCUCCACAGACCUCGUCGCGCAAGGCCGCGUCCAUGUGGCUCUGCUCGGUGCACAACAUUGUCAACGAGCGGCUGCACAAGCCAGAAUUUGACUGUUUGACCCUCAACGACGUGUAUGACUGCGGGUGCGCGAACGAGACGAGUAGCGCAGUCAGCAAUCACGCCAAGGAGACGGGAAAGGCGACAAGCCCAAUCGGCUACUAG